GCCGUGGACUCGCCGUAUCUUUGGUUCCCCACAAACCCCGCAAAAAGACCCCUCCGCAAGUGCUCCGCCCACCAUCUCUCCUUUCUCAUGGCGGCACACGAGGCCUCUGCCGGCGGCGGCGAGGGUGCGCGCUGCACUCCUCCGCGCCCCGCGCUCUCGCUACCCCCGCGCUCCGCCGUCGAAUCCUUCUUCGGCUCUGGCGCCACCGCCGCGUCCUUUGCCGAGACCAGCCCCGGACCGGUCACCCUCGCCGCCGCGCUCUUCCCGGACAUGCCCUCCUCGGCCUUCCACGGCUCCUUCACCCAGCUCCUUGUCGGCGCCAUGGGCUCCCCAGCCGCACCCCCUUUCCCUCCCUCACCGUUCGCCGUGCCACCGGGGCUCAGCCCCACCGCUCUCGUCGGCCCCCCUUCGCUCUUCUCCCCUAUGGGGAAUUUUGAAAUGUCCCAUCAGCAAGCGUUAGCCCAAGUAACAGCACAAGCAGUCCAUUCUCAGUAUACUGUUGGCAGUCAAGCAGAUUACUCACUCCCUUUCUCAUCGGCAACAUCAGCUUUGACAUCACAGUUCAUCAAAUCUUCUGCAAAUGUGACAUCAAUGAAGGAGACAGCAACUCUGCCACUGCAUACAGUUAAUGAUAACCUUAAGUCAAAUGAGGUUUCACAAGGAUUCCAAACUUUGGCCCUCACCGUGGAUAAACCUGCUGAUGAUGGGUACAAUUGGCGAAAGUAUGGCCAGAAGGCAGUUCAGGGUGGAGAGUAUCCAAGGAGCUACUAUAAAUGCACCCAUGCGAGCUGUCCAGUUAAGAAGAAAGUGGAGCACUCAGCAUAUGGACAGAUUACUCAAAUAAUUUAUAGAGGCCAGCAUAACCACCAGCGUCCACCAAAAAGGAGGUCCAAAGAUGGUGGCAAUUUACUAAAUGAAGAUGAUUUCCCUGAGAACAGAGACGCGUUGACUCGAUCAGAACCAGGCUCUCAAGAUCAUUCUGGAAAAGUUGAGGUAUCAAAUGAUGGCAUCACAGGGCUUUCAAUGUCUAAGAGGAGAGACGGAGGUGAUCAAUCGUCUGGCUCAAGUGAUAGAGAGGAGGACAAUGAUGAAGCAGGUGAUGAUAAUGGAGAUGCUGGUAUUGUGAAUGCAAACAAAAGGCAUGUGCCGGUGCCAGCUCAAAGAAUCAUCGUGCAAACAACCAGUGAAAUUGAUCUUUUGGAUGAUGGCUACCGGUGGCGCAAGUACGGGCAGAAAGUGGUAAAAGGGAAUCCUCAUCCAAGGGCAGAGGGGUUGGGAGGUGAGCAAAUGUCCCUUGCGCAUUCUGGUUGUCUACGGCAGAGGGGCUGGGAGGAGUUACUACAAAUGCACGUACCAGGGUUGCGGUGUAAAGAAGCAUAUCGAAAGAUGUUCGCAAGACCCAACGGCGGUGAUAACUACAUAUGAAGGCAAGCAUAGCCAUGAUGUGCCAGCAGCUAGGAGCAGCGUGGCUGCUGCUGCCAGUGCCAAUGCAUCCUCUUCCAUUAGCUUACUACAUAGAGGGCAGAAGGCAGCAUCCAGUAGCCAACGGGUGUUGCCCAGAGCAGCAGUGCAUACAUCAGAUUCUUCCUUGCAGCUAAAAGAAGAAAAUGAGAUAACAUAAACUUUUGGAGUACUUAGUGAGGUAAAUUAUUCCAAUAUAUUAGCCCAUUUCUGGUUGUGCUGCUGCAUUGGUUCAAAUCGAGAGGAUAUUCUUCCACGAGCCUUGCUUGCACAGAGUCUGUGUUGCAGCACUGCAUCUUGCGUGCUGUACUCCCAUUGGUUUUAAAUUGUACUGGUCUCUAUUCCAUGGAAAAACUGUAGGUGACGGAGGUUUCGUUGUUGCAAGUGUAUAUGCUCGAGUUGUACUCCCUCCAUUCCAAAAUAGAUGACCCAACUUUAUACUAACUUCGUACUCCCUCCGUCCCAAAAUUCUUGUCUUAGAUUAGUCUAGAUACGGAUGUAUCUAAUACUAAAACGUGACUUGAUACAUCCGUAUUUAGACAAAUCCAAGACAAGAAUUUUGGGACGGAGGGAGUACAGAAUUGAGUCAUCUAUUUUGAAACGGAGGGAGUAGCUCUUACCUGAUAACCUCAUUUGUACAUAUAUCUCCGUAAGUGUCAUUUGACAGGAUGUAUUAAAGUCUUAAUUGAUGAACAAGGCAAUGGCCUUCCGUCAAUCUCCUUUCAGUUUGUCGUCGCAGCGGAAUGUGCCUCGGUGGACCCGAGGCAAAAGAAAGAAUCAAAUUGUUCUGAUGCUUGUGUCUCGUAAAAGCGAAAUAUUCUUUGAA